AUGAAUUUCGCGUUAGCUCCUAAAAGUGUACCCACAAAGGAAAUUAUCGCUUCAGUGGAGCAAGGUAUAAAACAUUUACCUAACGACGAAAAGAAUGAAGUAAGAGAGAGGGUGUGCGCCGUAGUAAAACAUGCUAAAUGUCCACAAAAUAAAAACCUUUCAUGCUUGGAAGAGAAAGCAUUAAAAAGUUUACGGGGUAAUAAAGCUAUUUUGAUUACUAAAGCCGACAAAGGAAACGCAGUUGUAGUAAUGAACCGCGCUGACUAUCAAAACCAAGUUAACGAAAUGCUUGAGGACAAAAAUAUCUAUACACACAUUACCGAUAAACGACGAAAUCCGACUUCAAAAACUGAAUUAGAACUACAAGAUCGUUUACUUAGGUUAAAGGAUACAGGACACCUUACUGAAAAUCAAUAUAAAAGUUUAAGACCUUCUGACUCAUAUCCCGCAGCUUUCUACGGAUUACCAAAGAUACACAAAAUACCUCUCAUUGAAAAAGUUGAUCAUUUCACC